AUGGCAAUGCUUUGUGCCUCAUCUUCUUUUACUAACUCGACUACUGCAACAAAACCCUCUUGUUCUUACUCAACAAGGAAUGGAACUAGUAUUAGUUCCACCCCUUUUGUUGUUGGAUUCUCAUUUUCACAAUCAAAAGUGAAACCAUUUGUAAGAACAUCUUCAUUUCAUUUGAGUAGUACCAGACGUAGUUUCGAGGUUCGGUGCGAGAAGAAAGAAAAGAGCGUCGUCACUCGCGUUCCUCUUGACCAACGCUGGUUGUUUGAAGAAUCUGAACUUAAUGGCCCUGAUAUUUGGAAUACGACAUGGUAUCCAAAAGCUGCAGAUCAUGUAAACACGGAGAAAACUUGGUAUGUUGUUGAUGCAACUGACAAGAUUCUUGGAAGAUUGGCAUCUACAAUUGCCAUUUACAUUCGUGGAAAGAAUUUGGCGACUUACACUCCUAGUGUGGACAUGGGGGCUUUUGUGAUUGUGGUAAAUGCUGAGAAAGUUGCUGUAUCUGGUAAGAAGAGGACCCAAAAGUUAUACAGGAGGCAUUCAGGAAGACCAGGUGGCAUGAAAGUGGAGACGUUUGAUCAGCUUCAACAGAGGAUUCCAGAAAGAAUUAUUGAACAUGCUGUCCGUGGUAUGCUUCCUAAAGGAAGGCAUGGUGAACUAGUUGAUGCUAAAAACAGUGGGGAUGGAGUCCUCAUGAAGCUAGGUUUGGCAAGCUGCAACACAUUGCCUUCUUGA